CUAUUACUCAGGGAGUAGUAGCCCUUGUGUAAAUUGGUGCGAUCGAGUCUUCGAUCAAAUCUCUACUCUCUCUGUUCGUCGCAACGGAUCGAGUCACGUCUCUCUCUUUCACCCAGCACGCCUCUGUUUCUCACGCGGCUUAAGGGACAAAAUAGAAUACAGCUUGCUUUAGGACAGUGAAGAGGAGAUCUGUAACCACUGUCGUUUCCGACGUUAGAUCCAGGCAUCUUGGCUUGAAAAUAAUUGCAGAAGGCAUAAGAAGAAUUGAGGAAGAUCGUGAACUCAUCUCCCUAAUCCCUAUACAUUGAGCUUUGGCAACACCGGUGGAUUUGCUUCUCUUUUAUCUAAGAUAGAGUUUGCUUGUGUUCAUCGAGGAGUUCUUGAAACUGGAAGGAUAUGGAGAGUGAGGAGACCUCGGGGGUACCAAGAGGGGGGCCUAUCUAUCUGCCAAACAUGGUGGGUCCUCUUUCAAAAAUCCCUGAGUUCCACAAUUCUCUUCACCUUGUGCUGCAGGAUUUGGAAACUUACUUGUCUCCAAGUUCUUCUUCAAACUCGCGAGAAUAUGAUGUUUCGACCGACGCCCUGAAACUUUAUACAGAGGAAGAACUCAUAGAAAUGGCUGUGAAGGAGGCUUUUCGGGAGGACAGAGAUUGUCAAAAUUACUUGGAAAAACCUUCUGGUACUUCUCAUCUAAGUGAUGGUGAUCAGAAAGUGACAAGUAGUGAAGGUGUUAACUUGGAAAAUUGUGCAGAAACAGCAAACAAUUCACCUUUCUUGAAGUCAUCAAGUGAAGCCAAACCUAAGAAGAAAAGGAAGAUGACAGAAAAGAAGAGUGAGGAAGCUUUUCUCACAAAAGUGGAGCAACUUGCACAAAUAAAGAAAAUGCAGGAUGAGGUAAAAGCAACAGUGGAGCUGCACUGUCUAAAAACUUGUGUAAAUGUCAAAUCUGCAACCGCUUCUUCCGAAGGUUUUGAGAGGAUGCAAUCACUUAGGUCCACAAAUCACGCAACAAAGCUCCUGAAGCCACCAGACAUUAAAGACCCACUGGACAUGCGAGUUCCUGAAGUCAUUCUGUGCAUAGAAAUAUAUAACAGCGGCAAAACGAAGACCCAAGAGUUCUUGGUUCUAGGAUGCCAAAAGUUAACCGAACUGAAGGACAAAAUACAUUGUCGUACGGAUCAGGUGAUGACAAAGGCUGGGAAAUAUGAUCGCUCUGGAUACUUCCUCAUAGAAGAUAUCUUCUACAAUGAUCUAAGGAAUCCAUCCGCAAUAGAUUACAGCAAACCAAUGCUCGAUUGGCUUUGGCAUUCAAAGGAUGAAGCACUGAGGAAAUGGCAAUACAUUGUAGCUGGCGAACCACAACGGAAGCAUAAGCUGUUUUCAAAGGAAGUGAAACCGAAUCUCCCUCACUUCGGAGCCGCAGAAAUGAGCACCACACGUUUCUGUGACUUGAGAUUCAGACUCGGUGCAAGUUAUCUGUACUGUCACCAGGGAGAUUGCAAGCAUAUGAUAGUGAUACGGGACAUGAGACUGAUUCAUCCCGAUGACGACCACAACAGAGCGGUUUAUCCAAGACUCGUGUAUCAACGGAAACGGGUCGCCGUGAAAUGUGGAGUCUGUAAGAUCAAUAGAGCUACCAAGUUGGGGGUGGAUGAUAAGUGGGCAAAGAAGAACCCAUGCUACUUCUGCAACUUCUGUUUUGACCUUCUUCACUCAGAGGAAGGGCCUUUGUGUUGUGACUUCCCUCUCUAUGAUUAUAUUUAUGGAUAGAAGGAUCCUUUUUUGGUUUGGUUGCCAAUGAAAACUGGCUAUCUGAAUCUCCACUCUAAAUUACAUGAAAUAAUCCAAAGAAUUUCGUGUUGACA